ACCCGCCAUCGCUCACAGACCGAACAGAAAGGCAAACACCGUAAACCCCUCGUCAAAGUCUCCCCAUUGCUGCAGCCCAAAGGCCCUCGACUGAAAAGCGGAAAAGCUGCAACAACUGUCGCGAUGUUAAAGCCAGCAGAUGACAGACAGCAUUAGAUUUUUCAUUUCCGUCAAAAAAAGCUUGAAAAGAGAUCCCAGCAAUGAAACAACGAUCGUGUGACCAUUCUUUCACUUUGCUUGUUAUCGUCUUAUUGUUGGCUGCAGACCCAUCUUAUGAACAGUCCUGUAACUGCACAGUGGAUUGCAUCGUAGACUGCACGUCAGGACAGUACUUUGAUUCUGGACAGUGUCAUAUAUGCCCACCUGGUUAUUAUUGUGAUGGCACUGCAGAUACUGCAACCCCAUGUAUUGCUGGAACUUACAACCUGAAAAAUGGUUCCACAUCUUUAUCAGAAUGUCAGGUGUGUGCCAGCAAUCAGAUAAGCAGUGAUGGGGCCUCUACCUGUCAGCUGUGCCCAGAUGGUGAAGUCUCUAAUAGUAAUCACACAGCAUGUGAAACAUGUCCUGCUGGAACCUACAGAAGAACAACUGAUCCUGCAUGUGUCACCUGUCCCAAAGGCUAUAAGUGUCCAAGUAAAGGAAUGGCUGCCCCAAUCCCAUGUCCUAGUGGUGAGUAUCAGGCAUCAGAAGGGGAUUCAUCGUGUGUCAAAUGCCCUGCCGGCAGUGAGUGCUCAGACCCAACAAGAGCAGCUUUAUGUAGUGCUGGCCACUUCUCACCAGAUAGCGCCAUCAACUGCACAGCAUGCAACACAGGCUACUUUUCAUCUACUGGGGCAUCAUCUUGUAUGGAGUGCGCAGCUGGACAGUUCUGUACGGCUACAACUCAGACACCUUGUGGCAUGGGCAAAUACAGCAGUGCUGGAGCAGUCACAUGCACAAUCUGUCCAGCAGGGCAUGCCUGUCCAAACAGCACAACCACUACUCCAGAAAAGUGUCCAGCAGGUAGUUAUUCAGCUGAAGGUUCAGUAAUUUGCCGCCCAUGUAACUCUGGAUACCAAUGUCCAUCAGAGGGCAUGUCUAUGCAGGAUCCAUGCACUAAUGGAACAUUUACCAACACUUCAGGCUCUUCUUCAUGCAAGCCUUGUCCUGCAGGUUAUAAGUGUGUGAGCCCUGCCUCCACGCCCAUAGAAUGCCUGCAAGGUGAGUUCAGUCCAGAGGGGACCACCAUCUGUGUGGUAUGUUCAGAUGGAUAUUAUGCUGCUUCCAUUGGUUCUGCCACCUGCACCCCUUGUCCUGCUGGUAAAUACUGUGCUGCAAAAAAUUCUGGACCUACAGACUGUGGGCCUGGAGAAUACAGUCAUGGAUUGGCAAUGUCAUGCACUCAGUGCAACUCUGGCUAUUUUAAGACCACUGCAGGAGCAGGCAAUUGCACAUUGUGUCCUGCUGGUUACCAGUGCCCCACGACCUCCACAGAAAUGGAAUGUGACAAUGGGUACUAUUCACAGGCUGGGGCAACAAGUUGCCUCCCUUGCCCUGGUGGCUAUUCCUGUUCCAACAAAAGUCAGUUGCCGCAGUUGUGUACUGCUGGUACCUAUGCCAGCAAUGCUAGCCUCACAUGCACCAGCUGUCCCCCUGGUCACAUGUGUCCUGACAGUGGAAUGGUACAGGCCAUAGCUUGUCCUGCAGGAUGGUAUCAAACAUCCAGUGGUCAGACAUCCUGCACAGAGUGCGGGCAAGGAGAGAAAUGCACUAAUCGCACGAGCAGCCCCACCCCUUGUCCAGCUGGAGAGUAUCAAGAUGGAAGAGGGAUGGAAACCUGCAAGUCGUGCCCAUCCGGUUAUUAUACAGCAAGAACUGGUACGAUCCUGUGCACCAUUUGCCCAGCUGGGUCCAAGUGUCCAGAUCCAUCAAGCAGUCCUACACCUUGUGGCAGUGGAGAGUAUUCAGAAGCAGGAUCAACAGUAUGUCAGACAUGUCCAGCAGGGACCACAUGUGGAGGCGAUGGCUCUGUCUCCACAUGUAAUACAGGAGAGUAUUCCAAUGGCACUGCCUGUGUCCCAUGUCCUGCAGGGUUCUACUGUCCAUCGCCCCUCGCUUCUCCUCAGGUCUGCGCUACUGGUACUUACCAGCCCUCCACUGGUCAAACCAGCUGCUUGGCAUGUCCUGCUGGACAGUCUUGCAUUGACCGCUCAACCUCACCAGUCAACUGCAUUGCCGGCUUUUUUAGUGCUUCUAGUGAAGAAACUUGCCAGCGCUGUCCAGAUGGCACAUACAGUGCUGCUGCAGCAGGAUCUUGCUCUCCCUGUCCUGCUGGUAAAAUGUGUUUCGAUGGCAGCAGCUACGUGUCACCAACAGACUGCAGCACUGGGACAUACAGCCCUGCUGGCCAGACCACAUGCACUGUCUGCCAACCAGGUACUUACAGCAGCGCAGGAGCAACUGUAUGCUCGCUGUGUCCAGCUGGUUCCUUCUGUCUGGAUCCAUCUCAGGCUCCACAACCUUGCGCUGCUGGGAACUACAGCACCAGAGGGGUGAACAUAGCUUGUGCUCUCUGUCCUGCUGGCUAUGCCUGCUCCAACCCCUCAUCCCUUCCAGUCAUCUGCAGCAGUGGUACAUACUCCUUAUCAGGGCAGACAACUUGCUCACCGUGUCCCACAGGACAGUCAUGUCUGGAUCCCUCCGCUCCACCUGUCAACUGCAACGGAGGGCAAUACAGCCCACAGGGUAUUGCAUAUUGUCUGACAUGUCCAGCUGGAUAUAACUGCGAUCUGAGUCAGAAUAGCCUGACUGCUUGUAGCUCUGGUUACUACAGCCUGGCUGGCUGGGAGAACUGUACUGCCUGUCCAGCAGGUUACAUGUGUCCAUUUCCUAGUCUGGCACCUAUUGCUUGUCAGACUGGCUACUUCUCCACUGGCCAGCGUGUUGUGUGCUCUUCCUGUCCUGCUGGGUCGCAGUGCCCUGCUGCAAGUGCCAGUCCCUCACUGUGUCCUGCAGGGCAGUACAGCCUGGGUAGCAGCACCAGCUGCAGAGCAUGUCCGGCCGGUUACGCCUGUGCCAAUGCCUCGGCUGGCCCAGUGGCCUGUAUUCCUGGCACCUACUCCAUAGGCAAUCAGAGCACCUGCACUGGCUGUCCUGCCGGCUAUGCUUGUCCCUCUACUACAACUGCUGCCAUAAUGUUUUCUUGCAGGGCUGGGACAUAUUCAACAGGAAACCAGUCAUCUUGCACUCCAUGUCCAGCUGGGCAGUACUGUCCAUCGACCUUUGAUGGGACUGCUCAUCCAUGCCCUGCAGGCACCUAUUCCUUUUCUGGUAGCAGUUCUUGCAGUCCGUGCUCAGCGGGUUGGGCAUGUCCUUCUGUGGAUGGGUCUACAAACACACCAUGUGCUGCAGGCUACUAUGCCAUUGGUAAUGCCACAAGCUGUACCGUGUGUCCUGCAGGCUCAGCAUGCCCCUUGACAACAUCUGGAACAGUGAUUUCCUGUCAGCCAGGGUCGUACUCAACAGGUGGCCAGCAGACCUGCACCCCCUGUCCAGCUGGGUUUGCAUGUACCAGCACAACAUCCAAUGCCACAACAGCAUGUGCAGCAGGCUACUACAGUGAAGGUGGUCGUGCAGCCUGUGUCAUGUGUCCUCAAGGCUAUUCGUGUCCAAGUGUAUAUUCAGAUUCCAAGUUCCAGUGCUCUAAGGGCUACUAUGCAACAGGAGGGGCCGUAUCCUGCACCAUCUGCCCUGCAGGACAACAGUGUCCAUUGCAAAACUCUUCUGGGACUCCAUGUGCCAGUGGCUAUUACAGCUUUGCAGGUCAGACCUCAUGCACUGCUUGUCCAGCUGGAUACAAGUGUGCAGCAACAAAUUCAGGGCCAGUCAUCUGUGCAGCUGGAACAUACAGUGCAGAAAAAGCUACCACUUGCAACAACUGUGAUGCUGGGUAUAUUUGCCCCCAGGGUAGUGUCCAAAAAGACCCACCUACAUCAGUUUGCCCCCUCGGUUAUUACUGUGAUGGAAUAACACAGACUCAAUGCCCUGCCGGAACAUAUGGUGGCAGCUUAGGGCUGAAUAAAUCCAGUGACUGCACACCAUGUCCUCAGGGAUAUUACUGUCAGAUUGGAACACGAGGUAUACCCACCUCAUACCUCCUUUGUAACAAAGGUCACUUCUGUCCAGUGGGCACAGAUGCCUGGAAUAAAAAUCCAUGCCCAGGUGGGAGAUACAACAAUGAACUAGGAGCUGUUGUUCAGGACAGAUGUCUGGCUUGUCCACCUGGACGGUACUGUCCAGCAGGGACAGGUGAUCCAUAUGACGAUAGCACCAUCUGUCCACGUGGUUCCUACUGCCCAGCUUCCAGUGCUGCCCCAGUAGCAUGUCCUGCAGGAAAAUACACAGAAGAAACUGAGUCCACUGGCAUAGAAUUCUGCAAGAAUUGUCUAGCUGGGUAUUAUUGCACUAGUGGAACAGCUUCUCCUGUGCCCUGCCCUAGUGGCACCUAUUACCCAUAUGAAGCUCAAGGAGCUGCCACCGGCUGUGCACCCUGCACCGCUGGCAAGGCCUGCACAAAAUCUGGAUUGACGUCCCCUGACUCAGCUUGCUCACCUGGUCAUUAUUGUCCAAAUGGCACAGUCCUGCCUACAGACACACCAUGUCCUGCAGGCACAUAUACUAAUCUGAACAAUCUGACCGAUGAGACACAGUGCCAGAUUUGCCCUCCAACCGUGGCCUGCCCAGCGGGAACAGGUGGUACACAGCAGCCUCCACAAGCUUGUGCUGAGGGCCACUACUGUCCAGCGGGAACAAAAUAUCCCCGUCAGUACCCAUGUCCAGCAGGCACUUUUGGCAAUCUCACAAAUCUAGAUGAAUCUUCAGACUGUUACAUUUGCACAAGGGGUUUCUACUGUUCGGUAGGAUCAUCUGCGCCUACUGGCCUGUGUGCUACAGGUCACUGGUGUCCAGCAGGUACAAAAAAUAGUACAGACAACCCAUGCCCAGCUGGCACUUUCAGUAAUGACACAGGUAAUAUACGCUGGGAGCAGUGUAAAGACUGUUCUACAGGAUCUUACUGCCCCGAAGGAUCAGAUUUACCGACUGCCUGUCCUCCGGGCACUUUCAACAGGAACACAAGAGGAAUGAGUGAGGCAACAGCUUGCAUGGACUGCACUGCUGGCUACUACUGUCCCGGCAGUGGAAAUGUUGAGCCUAUAGCUUGUGGCAAGGGAAAGUACUCAAGUAGCAGGGCAGCAAAUUGCUCCAUAUGUGAACCAGGCUACUAUUGUGACUCAAGCACAACAAGCUUUACCUACAUGUCCACAAGUCGUGUCUGUCCUGCUGGUCUAGAAUGUCCUGCAGGAAUGACAAGACAACCUGACCUCAUCCGUGACAGGUGCCGUAUAGGCUACUACUGUCCUGCAGGGAAUGUCCAGCCACUACCGCAGCCCUGUCCAGGGGGAACCUACAAUGCUGAGACAGGUCGUAUGAGAGUGUCUGACUGUGUACAGUGCACACCUGGAAAGUACUGCUAUCCAAGUGGAUUGUCACAGCCGGCAGGUGAUUGCCCAGGUGGGUAUUACUGUCCACUUGGAACAGCAGAAUCCAACAGCUUUCCUUGUCCUAUUGGAUUUUACAGGAAUGGGUCAGCUAAAGAGUCUUUUGAGGACUGCACAGAAUGUAUCUCUGGCUACUAUUGUGAUAGGGAGGGACUUGCUCAACCCAUUGCCUGCCCACCAGGCUACUUCUGUGUUAGUGGAAGCACUUUCCCACAGCCAUGUCCUCUUGGCACAUACAGCAAUUCAACUGGCCUCCGACGUUCUACUGACUGCACUCCUUGUCCUGGUGGCUACUACUGUGAUGGCAUUGGACGAACUGCACCAACAGGCCUGUGUGAUCCAGGCUUCUAUUGCCGUGAGAAGGCUUACUCCUCUGCUCCUCCAGAGGGUACCACUGGAGGUCUGUGUCCACCAGGUGGCUACUGCCCCCGAGGGUCUGCCACACCUACACCAUGCAUAAUGGGAUACUAUAGCAAGUCUGCAGGGGCAAAAUCUAAUUCCGAUUGUGUUCCUUGUGAUCCUGGUUACUUCUGUGCAGGCAGCUCAAGCACGGCAGCUUCUGAAAAGUGUUCUGCAGGCUACUACUGCAUUGGAGGGGCAGACAAACCCACACAGCAUGAUACACCUGCUGGAUACUUUACCCUACAAGGUGCAUUCAAGCCUGAACCAUGUCCGCGUGGACAGUAUCAGCCUGCGAGUCGCUCCAGUUCUUGUCUUCAGUGCCCCCAGGGCUACUACUGCAAUGGCACAGGGACUGUUAAUGAAGUUAUCUGCCCCAAAGGUCACUAUUGCCCCCUUGGCAGCGAGCAGCCUACUCCAUGUCCUCGAGGAACAAUGCUCAAUCAGGAAGGGCGUUUUAACCUGACACACUGUAAUAACUGCACAUCUGGCUAUGCUUGUGACUCUGUUGGAACUGCGAUACCCACCACUCGCUGUCACCCUGGGUACUACUGUCUGGAGGGCAGUGAUACCUCCAUGCCUCAAGGGUCAUUGUGCCCUGAAGGCUAUUACUGUCCAGAGGGGACUGCAGACUAUAUUGACACGCCAUGUGGAAACGGUACCUACAGCAACUACUCAGGUAUGUCAGAUAUUUCAGAAUGCAUACCCUGUGACCCGGGCAAGGCCUGCACAGGUCUGGCCCUCACCAAGCCCAAUGGAGUGUGUGCUGCUGGAUACUUUUGCCGCAGAAAAGCCACAACCACCCGUCCACGAGAUGGUGGCUCCACUGGUGAUCUGUGUGUGUCUGGCUCAUAUUGCCCUGAAGGAACUGGUGAACCUAAGCGCUGUGAAGCUGGGUCUUUCUCCAACACAACAGGGUUGGCUGCCUGUUAUGGCUGCCCUCCUGGCUUCUACUGUGUGGAUGGAGAGAAUGCUUUGCGGUGCCCUCAAGGAAGGUAUUGCCCUGGCAACAACACAGCCUAUCAGCCGAUGUGUCCCACAGGAACAUACAAUCCUGUCUUUGGAAUGGCAAAGGAAAGUGACUGCCGGCCAUGCUCUGGUGGGUACUACUGCUAUGCCAUGGGUGCCACAAGCUUUGACCUCAGUGUCAAUGGCACAGGAAUAGGAGUAUGUGCUUCAGGCUUUUACUGCAAACAAGGUGUAAACACAAGUCGUCCCACACCGAGCACCACAAGCGGGGUGGGUGGACCCUGUCCCCCUGGUUACUACUGCCCUGAGAAAACUGAGGAUCCUACACCUUGCCCCAAAGGAACAUACCGUAACUUUCAGCAAGGAGUGCAAGAAUCAGACUGCUUUGCGUGUUCCUUGGGUAACUACUGUGGCUCACCUGGCUUAGCUAAUGCCUCGGGGCCAUGCUCACCUGGUUAUUAUUGUCUUGAGGGUAGUGACACCCCCACCCCAACAGGUGCUGAUCCAUCUAAGGGUGGACCCUGCUAUGCUAGUCACUACUGCCCAACUGGAACAUCAUAUCCCUUGGAGUGCCCUGCUGGUACAUAUAACAAUAUUACAGGACGGGCUGAGUGUUUCCAGUGCCCACCUAGCUACUACUGUCCAGCCAACAUCACCAACUUUGAGCUGUACCCUUGUCCAGUGGGCCACUAUUGCCCUAAUGGCACAAGAACUAUGUAUGAAUUUCCCUGCCCAUUCGGAACAUAUCGCAAUGCGACCAAGGGCCAGAAGGAGGCAGACUGCUUGCCUUGUCCUGGAGGGACAUACUGUGGAGGGAAAGGCCUGAGUUCACCAUCAGGAAAAUGCAGUGCAGGCUAUUUCUGCCUCUUGGGAGCUUGGUCCAGUCAGCCUACAAACUUGGACAACUACACACAGGGAAACUGUCUGUGUCCCAGCAACAAAACAGGUGGCAUUUGUCCGCCUGGCUAUUUUUGCCCAGAAGGCUCUGAAGAACCAACUCCGUGUCUCAGUGGCUACUACUGUAAAACACCAGGGUUAGCAAGCGUCACAGGGCCAUGUAAACAAGGGUACUAUUGUUCCUUGAAUGCCAUAAGAGAAGAUCCUACAGACGGAGUCACUGGCGAUGUCUGUCCAGCUGGUCGAUACUGCAGUGCUGGUACUGGAUCAAGUCAACCACUUUGUCCCAUUGGAACUUUCUCCAACCGCACAGGUCUUACAGCCCAAAGCGACUGUACCAACUGCACACCUGGUUACUACUGCCAAUCUCCUGGCAUUACCAAACCCACAGGACCUUGCUCAGAGGGUUACUACUGCCCAUCUGGCCAGAGCAGUCCCACACCUUAUGCAUGUGGAGCAGGAUAUUAUUGUCCAGAAGGAAGUAGAGAGCAGGUUCACUGUCCAUCAGGAACAUACCAAGAUGAAACUGGCAAGGGCAGAUGUAAAGUCUGCCCUGCAGGCUACUAUUGUGACAGUAACAACACUCUUGCCUCAUACCUCAGCUACUUAUGCCCACAAGGCUACUAUUGUCCCAACGGAACCCAGUGGGCCACUCAGUACCCGUGCCCACCUGGUACAUACAGUCCUUACACUCAGUUGGAAAGAGAGGCCCAGUGUGUUAGUUGUGAUCCUGGAAAGUACUGUGCAGCAGCAGGACAGAAGAAUUAUACAGGCCCUUGCACUGCCCGCUAUUGGUGCAUGAAUGGAUCAUCCACACCGACACCUAUUGAUGGUGUGAGAGGUGCCUUAUGUCCAGAGGGACACUUCUGUGCAAUGGGAACACCUGUUCCUGAGCCUUGUCCAGUGGGUACCUGGUCUAACAACACAGGCCUGGGGAUAAGCUCAGAAUGUCAGCUGUGUUCAGGUGGCCACUAUUGCAAUGGCACUGGACUCGCAGAACCCUCAGGUCCCUGCAAUGCUGGGUUCUACUGCACUAAUGGAGCCAAAACUCCUAUGCCAAAUGACAGCAUCACUGGAGCACCAUGCACUGUCGGUCACUACUGUCCAGAGGGAACUUAUGUGCCCAAGCCAUGCAAAGAUGGCACAUACAUGACUAACACUGGUGCAGAAAACUGCUGGAAUUGCACAGCUGGACACUACUGUGUAACAGGUUUGGACCCAGAGCUAUGCCCUCCAGGGUUCUACUGCCCACAAGGAACAGGAGUGAUCUGGCAGUCUUGCCCACCUGGCACCUUUAGCAUGUUACAGGGGUUGUGGCAUGUUGACAACUGCACUCAAUGCUCAGGUGGGAGGUACUGCUCCAAAGUUAAUGCCACAGCUGUGACGGGUUUGUGCUCUGCUGGCUAUUACUGCACCAGUGGGUCAAACACAGCCUCACCAGAAAUAAAUAACACGGGUGUGGCAGGCCCUUGUCCCCCUGGCCACUACUGUCCAGAAGGCACCUCGACUCCACUGCCUUGCCCCUUAGGCACAUUCAGCAACAAAACAAGGGUAACCAUCAGUGGAGACUGCACUGCUUGCUCAUAUGGACAUUUUUGUGGUGAAACAGGGCUAGUCAAGCCAUCUGGACUUUGCUGGGCAGGGUUUUACUGUCUGACAGGUGCCCAAGUCCCUAACAACCCCACAGUAGAUGUUACAGGAGGACCUUGCCCACCUGGGCAUUACUGCCCCAAUGGUACAUCCUAUCCAUUAGGAUGUCUAGCAGGGACCUACAACCCAACAGCUGGCAUGUCACAAUGCUCUCCUUGCCCAGCUGGUUUCUACUGUCCAGAAAAUUCUACAACCUACCAGGGUAACCUCUGCCCAGCUGGACAUUAUUGCCCUGAGGGAACAGGCGAGCCACACCAGUUUCCAUGCAGUCAAGGCUAUACCAACCCUGCUACAGGCAAGCAGAAGAAAGAUGACUGCAUCCCUUGUGACCCUGGACACUACUGUGGGACUUCAGGCCUCAGUGCUGCAACAGGAGAGUGUGAUGCCGGAUGGUACUGCGUGCGUGGAGCGUGGAGUGCCACGCCUGCUGACCUUGCCAACUACACAAGCAUCAGCUGUGUGUGUCCUGUAAACAGCACAGGGGGACAGUGUCAACCAGGAUUUUACUGCCCCAAGGGUUCUGUUGAACCUCUUGCCUGCCUUCCAGGCCGCUACUGCUCUGGGCCUGGUCUUGCCAAUGUCAGUGGUGAAUGCAAUGCAGGCUACUACUGCACAUCAAGAGCCAUCAGGCCGGACCCAACAGAUGGCACUACAGGGAACAGGUGUCCUGCAGGUCAUUACUGCCCCACCGGCACUGGCAGCCCCAAGCAGUGCCCACCUGGUUACUUCAGCAACGCCACAGGGAACAUUGACUUCUCUGCCUGUCACCCAUGUUUGGCAGGUUUCUACUGUGAUGACUAUGCUCUGCUGACACCAAAGGGACCAUGCAGUGCUGGAUUUUAUUGCCCAGAAGGGCAGAAUGUCAGCAGUCCUUUAUCCUUUAUAUGUACUCCAGGACACUACUGCCCUCCAGGGAGCUCCACUGAGACAGCCUGUGCUUCAGGCACAUACCAGGAUGAGUUUGGGAAGGCUGUCUGCAAAACAUGUCCAGAGGGUUAUUAUUGUGACAGCACACUGCAGAAUAACACAGUAUGCACACAUGGUGUUCAGAAUCCAGUCCCAUGUCCACCUGGUUACUUCUGUCCAAAUGGAACACACUUUUCAUCUGAAUAUCCUUGCCCACGUGGCACCUACAACAAUCAGACUCGUCUAAAGGGUGCGUUGGAAUGCCAGCCUUGCACUAAGGGAAUGUAUUGCAGCCAAGAAGGGUUAUCUGCUCCUGUGGGAGUUUGCAGCGGUGGCUACUACUGUAUAUCAGGAGCCUCAAGCCCAACACCUAGAGAUGGUAUGACAGGUGAUGUGUGUGAUGUGGGGGCUUAUUGUCCCCCAGGUUCCAGUACCCCUACACUUUGCCCUGCUGGCACCUACAAUCUUAUUUAUGGUCUGGACUCAAAGAAUCAAUGCCAAGGAUGUGACCCAGGACAGUAUUGUCCAUCUCCAGGUUUGAAUGACACAUAUGCCAACUGCACUGCUGGUUACUACUGCAGUGGCAAUGCCACUUCCCCAGCACCUACUGAUGGCGUCACUGGCAAUGUUUGCCUCAUUGGACAUUAUUGCCCAUCUGGGACUGGAACACCAGUACCUUGUCCUUAUGGCACAUACACCAACACUACCCAGAAUGCACAGUGUCACAUUUGCCCAGCCGGCUUCUUCUGCACUGAUGGGGUCACACCAAUGCCUUGUCCAGCUGGAUUCUACUGUCCAGAAAAUACUGGCUUUAACUGGAAGCCAUGUUUGCCAGGAACUUUCAGUGCAGAUGUGGGACUUGCCAAUGUGUCACAAUGUAAAGAAUGCACAGGUGGCUAUUACUGUGAUCACCAUAAUCUAACCACGCCAUCGGGAGCAUGCCAGGCAGGUUACUACUGCAGGCAUGGUUCUGACUCCAGUAGGCCAACUGGUCUAGGCACUGGUGAAGCAGGUGUCUGUCCCACAGGGCAUUACUGUCCAGCACAAACGCAGGAACCUUACACUUGUCCUGUUGGAUCCUUCAACAAUAAGACAGGGCUCACUGGACAAGCUGAAUGCCAGACCUGCCUCCCAGGUUACUACUGUAACCUGCCUGGUCUUGAAUAUCCAUCAGGUCUGUGUGAAGCUGGCUACUACUGCAGCCAGGGGUCUAGCUCUUCUAAACCGACCAACACAACAGCAAAUGGAGGCCCUUGCCCAGCUGGAUCAUUCUGUGUGGAAGGGUCAAGUCAGCCUGAGCUGUGUCCUGCUGGUUCUUACACAUCUGUGGCACUGCAGUCCAACUGUUCAGUGUGUCCUGCAGGUUACUACUGUCUUGCUGGAAGCACCAACAUUGUGGAUUGUCCCAAAGGUUAUUACUGCCCUCAAGGAACACAAUUUUCUACACAGUAUCCAUGUCCAAAUGGGACUUACAAUAACAUCACCCAAGGCUCAAGUGCAGCAGCUUGCCAGCUCUGUGACCCAGGCUACUAUUGUCCCUCUAGUGGCCUUGCUGCCCCUGCUGGACCUUGUGCAGGAGGGUGGUACUGUACCCUGGGGUCAUGGUCAUCCCACCCUAAAGUCAGUGGCUUUGACACUAACUCCUCCUGCAGUUGCCCAGCUAAAAGUAUUGGUGGGAAAUGUCAGGCAGGCACUUUUUGUCCAGAGGGCGCCAGUGCUCCUGUUCCAUGCACACCUGGUUACUAUUGCCAGACUGAUGGACUGAACAACGUAUCAGGUCCCUGCAGUGCUGGCUAUUACUGUUCUGCAAGCUCAACUAUUCCCACACCCGUGAAUGAAACCUUUGGAGAUGUCUGUCCUCAAGGGCACUUCUGUCCAGAAGGAAGUGCAACAGCCCAGGCAUGCCCUGCAGGAACCUUCAACAACCGAUAUGCCAGCCACAACAUCAGCAGCUGUCUUCCCUGUACUGCUGGUCAGUACUGUCCCAGUGCUGGGUUACCCACCCCUGCUGGCUACUGUGAUGAAGGCUGGUUUUGCCCAGAAGGUAUGACACAGCCUCAACCCCCUGGCAACCAGUGUCUUGCAGGACACAGUUGUCCACAGGGCAGUCCUGCUCAAACCCCAUGUUCCAGUGGUUUCUAUCAGCCUAAUAUUGGGAAGGGAUCUUGUCUGCCUUGUCCUUCUGGAAGUUACUGUGACCAGAAUGAAGCCAUAGUAGAAAAACAGAGUGGGUCAGGAAAACCCUCACAUGGCGUGGUUACUCCUAAAGUGUGUCCAGCAGGAUUUUUCUGUCCCAACACAACGAAGACUAAACAGGAAAACCCAUGUCCUAUCGGCACCUUUGGCAACAAGACAGGUCUAGAGAUUCAGUCCCAGUGCAUCUUCUGCCUUCCUGGCCACUUUUGUGAAGUUGCUGGCCUGACGGAACCUACUGGACUCUGUGCAGCAGGCUACUAUUGCAUCACAGGCGCAACUAACUCCACACCAGCUCCAUCAGCAACAUCAGGACCUUGUCAACAAGGAACCUACUGCUCACAGGGAGCCUCCAAUGAGACACCAUGUCCAAAAGGCACGUAUGGCAAUCGUGCAUUGCUUCCAUCUUUAGCUGACUGCACUGCAUGUCCACCUGGAGAGUUCUGUGCACAGUCUGGCCUGUCCAGACCUAACGGGUCCUGCCUUGCAGGUUUCUACUGUUCUAGUGGCUCACAGGAGCCCAGUCCUAUAGGCAAGACCUACGGUGAUCAGUGUCCCAGUGGCUACUACUGCCCUCAGCAUAGUUACCAACCCACCGCCUGCCAUGCUGGCACGUACCAGCCGAAGAUUCAGCAGACCAAUGUGUCAGCUUGCUUGUCUUGUGACCCAGGUUUCUACUGCAAUUCCACAGGUCUGGAUGCCAGGACAGGACCAUGUUUGGAAGGAUUUUUCUGUACAGGAGGAGCCUUUUCCAGUGCCCCAACCGAUGGUCUCACAGGGGACAUAUGUCCAGCUGGUUCCUACUGCCCUGCACAGUCUCCACAACAUUACUUUUGUCCCAAUGGAACCUACACAAACCAUACAGGGUCUGCCAACUGUUAUGAUUGCCCAGCUGGACACUUCUGUGUGAACAGAGACCGUGCUGACCCAUGUUUGCCUGGCUACUACUGCCCACCACGCACAGGGGCAGAUCUUCAGCACUGCCCAGCAGGAACGUACAAUCCUCUCAGAGGCUUGAGUAUGGAGAGUCAGUGCACUCAGUGUGAUGGUGGUAGAUACUGUCAGACACCUGCAUUGAGUGCUGUAUCAGGCCUCUGCAGUCCUGGCUACUUCUGCAGAUCAGGUGUGAACACUUCUACACCGUCAGGGUCUCACACUGGUUAUGGAGGAGUCUGCCCUGUUGGCCAUUAUUGUCCACAGGGUACAACGGAUCCUCUACCUUGUCCUGCAGGUACUUUCAGUGACAGCCCCAUGCAGGAUUCCUGCACCAGUUGCCCUGCUGGGUCCUACUGCCAGGAAAAUACCACAGACUUCAGUCAAACCACUUGCCCUCCAGGGUACUACUGUCCAGCGGGCACCACUGAUCCACAUGAAUUUCCUUGUCAUAAGGGAUCUUACAAUCCAGCCCGUGGCAGUGAUGGUCCUGAGGAUUGUCUCCCAUGCCCACCAGGGCAAUAUUGUGAAGUUGAUGGAAUGUCAGCACCUUCAGGCAACUGCUCAGUAGGAUGGUACUGCACAGGUUCUGCCUUUAUGUCUCAGCCCUUCACUCCAGUCAAUGCCUCCAGCCUACCCGACUGCAGCUGUCCAAGGACCAACUACACAGGUGGUAAAUGCUGGGCAGGCAGCUACUGUCCCAGUGGCGCUUCCUACCCUGUCACCUGUACACCUGGUAUGUACUGCUCCACUGAUGGCCUUUUCACACCAGAGGGUCUAUGCAGGGCUGGCUACUUCUGCUCAGGUGGCAACACAUCACCAAGUCCAUCCAACAGUCUAUGUCCAGCUGGCCACUACUGUGAGCAGGGAGCCUCAAGACCAACACCUUGUCCAGCUGGCACAUUCUCUAGUUCUCAAGGUAACACAAACAUCACUGGCUGCCUGUCAUGUACCCCUGGAUACUACUGUGCUGGAGAGGCAAACACCAACGUCUCAGGACUUUGUGCAUCAGGCUACUACUGUCCAUCUGGUCAGGAGACAUCAUCUCCUGCUAAGUACAACUGUACUGUAGGCCACCAUUGUCCCAACGGUUCAAGCCAGCCUGUGACCUGUGAUCCUGGUUUCUAUCAAGCUGAAGAAGGCCAGAGCUUCUGCAAAGUCUGCCCGGCUGGAAGAUACUGUGACCCUGUAGAAGUGGCUUCACAAACUGGGCGGCCUGGUGAGGGUGUUGUUGUACCUGCUGACUGUCCAGCUGGCUACUACUGUCCACUUGGUACAGGAGUCAAGACCAGUUUCCCAUGUCCAGCAGGCACCUUUUCCAACUCUACCUUGCUGCAGAGGAUUUCAGACUGUCACCCAUGUACAGGAGGACAUUUCUGUAGCUCACCAGGUCUUAUGGCACCGACAGCCAUCUGCGACGCGGGCUAUGUUUGUGUAUCAGGAGCCAACAACUCGCAGCCAUAUGAUGGAGUUACGGGCUAUGAAUGUUUCCCAGGUCACUAUUGCCCUGCUGGAUCAUACCAGGGCACCAAGUGUCCUGGAGGCACAUACAGUAGUGCCUUUGGCUUGCAGAAUGUGACAGAAUGUAUUGCCUGUCCCCCAGGCCAGUACUGUGGAGGAGAUGGACUUGUUACACCAUCAGGUAACUGUUCAGCUGGUCAUUACUGUACUCUCAAGUCCACUGUAAUGAAUCCCAUUGGGCAGACCUUUGGCGACUACUGCCCAAGUGGUCACUAUUGUCCACUAGGCACAGGCAGCCCUGUGGCUUGUCCAAGGGGCACAUACCUGCCUGAAACAGGACGCUCUUCAGACCUGAACUGUCUUGACUGUCCUGGUGGAUAUUACUGCAGCAGUGAUGGUCUCACAAAUGUCACAGGCCACUGUAGUACAGGUUAUUAUUGUGAGAGACGGGCUACAACAGCCACCCCAACAGAUGGUACAACAGGCAACAUGUGUCCAGCUGGUACUUACUGCCCACCUGGGACUGCAGCUCCUCUUCCUUGUGAAGAUGGUUCAUAUGUAAACCACACUCAAUCCAGCCUCUGCGAGGUGUGUCCUCCACGUUACUACUGCGUUAACAAAAACCAUGCAGACCCUUGCCCACGUGGGCGUGUGUGUGGUGGCGCCACUGGCUUUAACAUGACGCUUUGUCCACGAGGCACAUAUAGCAAUGUGGAGAUGCUCCAGGAUGUGACAGAAUGCACCCCAUGUGACCCAGGAUCCUACUGUGGUGCCCCAGGUCUGACUGCAGUCAGUGGGCUGUGCAGUGCAGGGUACUAUUGUCAUUCAGGUGUUGAUACACCUGCUCCUAGCAACAACAACACAGGUCUUGGAGGUCUUUGCCCAGUUGGACAUUACUGUCCAAAGGGCACAAGUGACCCUAUAGGCUGUGAAGCUGGUACUUACAAUGAUUUGACAAAGCAAGCAGCUUGCAUUACAUGUGUGGCCGGCUACUACUGCUUAGCAAACUCCACUACAUAUGCAAACACUCCUUGUCCAAGAGGAGCCUACUGUCCAGCAGGGACAAAGUACCCUUAUCAACAUCUUUGUCCUGCUGGCACCUAUAACAACCUCACUAUGGGAAGUACUUUGUAUUCCUGCUUACCUUGUCCAGCUGGCAAGUACUGUGCAGGUGAGGGCCUGGUAGAACCCACAGGUGACUGUUCAGCUGGGUGGUACUGUUCACGAGGUGCUUUUUCUGACCGACCCUCACCUGUUGUUAAUGCCUCCAGUUCUGACUUCAAUCUUACCUGUCCAGUCUACUCCCUAAAUGACACUGGUGGCGUCUGUGUACCAGGCACAUACUGUCCUGCAGGCAGUGCAAGGCCACUGGCUUGCCCAGCUGGUCAGUACUGUGGAACAUAUGCCCUUGCCCUUCCUAGUGGUGACUGUCAUGCUGGAUUCUUCUGCAACGGCAGUGCAACUUUGCCUAACGCCAUUCCAUGCUUGGCAGGACAUUAUUGUGUGCAGGGUACACUUUCUGAAGAACUUUGUCCCCGAGGAUCAUUUGCAAACUUCACAGGUGCCAGAAACGUCUCCGACUGCCUGCCUUGCCAACCUGGCUACUAUUGUGGUCAGUAUGGGUUGGACAGACCAAGCGGCCUUUGCAGUGCUGGUUACUUCUGUCCAGGAGGACAGGACACAGAUCGACCUCCUGACCUGGCCUGUAGUCCAGGUCACUUCUGUCUUGCUGGAAGCACAAACCAGACUGGUUGUCCAUCAGGGACAUAUCAGGCCCACUGGGGACAGAGUUUUUGUGAAACGUGUCCACCAGGAUUCUUCUGCCAAGCAUUCGGUGACUAUGAAGUCCUUGAUGCAGUCAAUACAUCAACAUCAGGCAAUUUCUCCAGUCGCUAUCGCAGUUACCGAGGAGUGUCAGUACCAACAACUUGCCCUGCUGGUUCCUACUGUCCUCAAGCAACAAAAUACGGAUCUCAGUACUUGUGUCCCUCUGGAAGCUACAGCAACAAGACUGGCCUGACUGAUUCCUCACAGUGCACACCUUGUGACCCAGGAAAGUUUUGUGCUGCAGGUAGCACUGAGCCAACAGGACCAUGCUCACCUGGGUACUAUUGCACUCACAGUGCCAACAACUCCAUGCCUGUAGAUGGUAUGACCGGCAACAUCUGCCCUGAAGGACGUUACUGUCCAGAAGGCAGUGCACUGGGGCUUAGCUGUCCAGUGAAGACCUUUAGCAAAAGGCUGGGUCUACAGAACAGCAGCGAGUGUGAGCUGUGCACGCCUGGUCACUACUGCAGCACAACAGGACUGACUGCACCAUCAGCCAUGUGUUGGGCAGGUUUUUACUGUCUCUCCGGGUCAAGUGAACCUGCUCCAACUGGUCAGGUUUAUGGCAGUGUGUGUCCAGCUGGAAACUACUGUCCAAAUGGAACAUCUGUACCAAAGCCUUGUCCUUCAGGAACAUUCCGAAACACCACUGGGGCUAGUGAUGUCAGUGACUGUCUGGCUUGUAGCCCAGGUUACUACUGUCAAAGCCCUGGGCAGACCAUUGUAACAGGACUGUGUGCUGCUGGCUACUUCUGCAUUGGGGGUGCUAACAUCUCCACACCAACCGAUGGCCAGACAGGUAACAUCUGUCCACAAGGCUUCUACUGUACAGAAGGAUCGGCUGCCCCAACGGCCUGUGGAAAUGCCACUUUCAUGAAUCACACAGGGGCUUCUGCCUGCUACAUCUGUCCAGAAGGCUACUACUGUGUAAACCGUGACCAUGCAGACAUCUGUCCUCAAGGUUACUAUUGCCCAAGAGGCACUGGGGCUGACUGGCAGCUGUGCCCAGUGGGAACAUUUGGGAACACCACAGGACUCUCUGAGGAAGCACACUGCACAUUCUGCACAGGGGGUCACUACUGCAAUACCCCAGGCAUAUCUGCUCCCAGCGCUGAAUGUGCUGCUGGUUAUUAUUGUGAGUAUGGUGUUGACACGGCAACACCAACAGACACCUCACAGCACACUGGGGUAGGAGGAGAGUGCCCAGCUGGGUUCUACUGCCCCAGAGGUACCAUCCAGCCCAUCAGUUGCCCCUCAGGCACCUUCACUACUACAACCAAACGCAGUUCAUGUGACACUUGUCUUGGUGGAUAUGUUUGUGCUUUGGGCACUAACUCUACUUCCACACCUUGCACACCUGGGUAUUAUUGCCCUCCUGGCACACAGUACCCUACCCAGUACCCAUGCCCAGCUGGCACCUAUAACCCCUUGUCUACCCAAGACAGUGCCACAGCCUGUCUGAUGUGCCCACCUGGACUCUAUUGUGAAGGAGAAGGUCUAUCCCAACCAAAGGGCAACUGCAGCAGCGGAUGGUACUGCACAGGGGGAGCCACACAUUCUAAGCCAGUGGUUGUGGGCAACUUCAGCUCUGUGGAUGUGUGCACAUGUCCACAGUUCAACUUCACAGGUGGUCGAUGCCAGCCUGGGACAUACUGUCCUCAAGGAUCCUCGGCACCUGUUGCUUGUGAUGCUGGCUGGUACUGUGCACAGUAUGAACUUGCUCUUCCCACGGACCAGUGUGACAAAGGUUAUUACUGCCCAAGUGGUCAGAGUGUACCAAAUCCAGUUGGCUUUGAGUGCUGGGCAGGUUACUACUGCCCAAGAGGUUCAGCCACACCAACUCCAUGUCCUAUGGGUACCUUUUCCAACUCAACAGGAAAUACAAACAUGACUGAUUGCAGGAAUUGCACCCCAGGUUCGUACUGUGGUGGAACUGGGCUUGUCAAGGUCAGUGGACCAUGCAGCGCUGGUUACUACUGUCCAGGUGGUCAGGCCACUCCCACACCUCCUGAGUACACUUGCAGACAGGGUUUCUAUUGCCCAGAUGGUGCUUAUGAAGAAAUCAUGUGCCCACGGGGAACAUAUCAGGAUCUUCCAGGAAAGGGCAGCUGUAACUCUUGUCCUUCACGUAUGUACUGUGAUCCAUAUGAACUGGGCAAUGUGACAGGUGUCAUUGUCCCAGCUGAAUGCCCAGCUGGUUAUUUCUGCCCCACAGGCACAGGAGAAAAGCACAGCAACCCAUGCCCUCCAGGAUCUUAUGGUUCAAGCCCUGGUUUUCAGGAUUCUACUGACUGUUACAGCUGUCGUCUUGGCAUGUACUGCAUGACUCCUGGACAGAACCAAUCAGAAGGUCCGUGUGCUGCUGGCUACUAUUGCAGUGGAGGAGCAGCAGUCCCCACCCCAACAGAUAAUGUAACUGGAAACAUAUGUCCACAAGGAAAAUACUGUCUGGAGGGAAGUUAUCCAUCCGGUGAUUCAUGUCCUGUUGGCACAUAUAACAACUUGACAGGCCUCCGAGCUGCCAAUGAAUGUGCACCAUGUGAUCCUGGCUAUUACUGCCCCAAUGAGGGCAUUAUCUCCCCUAACCAGCUUUGCAGUGCUGGGUACUACUGUAAAUUCGGCUCCACGGAACCAUCACCUGUUAACAAGGCCUAUGGUGACCAGUGUCCUGUGGGUCAUUACUGUCCAGAAGGCACCCCUUCACCUGUUCCAUGCUCUUCUGGCACAUACCAACCUUAUCUAGGCAAAAUGGCAAGUGAUGCAUGCUUGCCAUGUAGUCCAGGAUCCUACUGUCAGGGAAGUGGACUGAACACUUCAAGUGGACUGUGUAGUGCAGGCUAUUAUUGUACUGGAGGUGCUGCAGUACCAAAUCCUACAAAUAGCACAACUGGAAACAUCUGUCCUGUUGGCCAUUACUGUGUUGUUGGGUCGUCAUCGCCUGAGCCAUGCCAGCCAUCCACGUACAUGAACCACACGGGUGCCUCUGCUUGCAACAGCUGCCCUGAAGGUUAUUUCUGCGUGUCUGGCUCAGCAGCAGACCCUUGCCCCCAGGGUUAUUACUGUCCCCCAGGCACUGCUGGGGUUUUUGUGCCUUGUCCAGUUGGCACAUUUGGGGCCAGGAACCAACUGACCAACGUUAGUGAAUGCACACUUUGCACUGGAGGGUCCUACUGCAACCAAGAAAAUUUGACUGCUCCAGCAGGACCUUGUCAAGCUGGCUAUUACUGUUGGUCAGGUGUCGACACCCCAGCUCCAGGACCUGACAACACUUUCUUGGGUAUUGGUGGCCUUUGCCCUGAGGGAACAGAGUGUCCAGAAGGAUCUACAUACCCAUCAGUCUGCCCUCCAGGAAAAUACUCGCCAAACACAGGACUAGCAGCAUGCUUUGCUUGUCCAGCAGGUUACUUCUGUGAAAAUGGAACAGUGGUGCCUGCGGUUUGUCCUGUUGGUCACUUUUGUCCAGAGGGCACCAGAUUUGGCCAGGAAUUUCCUUGUCCAUCUGGAACUUUUGGCAACACCACAGGUGCUGCCAGUGUCACAGACUGCACAGAUUGCACACCAGGUUACUACUGCUCAGGGUCAGGACAUGUGGAACCCACAGGUCUGUGUGACCCAGGCUUCUUCUGUGCUGGAAAGGCUACAAACAACAGACCUUAUGAUCCAGGUUUUCUGACUACUGCCAAUGGAACCAACAGUGGCCUUUACUCAAAUGACACUUGCACUCCUGUGUGGGACUGUGUGUGUCCUAAUUUCCUUAUGACCUCUGGUGGAAUCUGCCCUGUUGGCUAUUUCUGUCCUAUGGGCUCGAGCAAACCCACGGCAUGCAAUGCAGGAGAGUAUUGUGCCACACCUGGUCUUCCUCUACCUACUGGUAAAUGCAGUCCUGGCUACUUCUGCAAUGACACCAGCAGCGUUCCAUACCAGCAUCUAUGUCCUGCCGGUCAUUACUGUACUGAGGGGAGCGCCAUACCCACUGAAUGUCCACCGGGUACUUUUGCAAGUAGCACCAAAAAUCGCGCUCUCAUGGAUUGUCAGAACUGCACUGCAGGCCACUUUUGCCAAGGUUAUGGGAAUAUUAGUCCUACAGGACUGUGUAGUGCAGGAUAUUACUGUCCUGGGGGUCAGAAUUCUUCCACACCCUCUGAGUACCUAUGCUGGCAAGGCCAUUUCUGCCAGGAGGGUAGUAUUGUCCCCACUCGCUGCCCCAAUGGCACUUUCCAGCUGAGUGAUGGAGCCAGUGAAUGUGACGUCUGUCCACCUGGAUACUUCUGUGACUCCUAUGGAAGCAAUCAAGUUCUGAACCCGGUACCUUGUCCAAAAGGCUUCUACUGUCCAAGUGGUACAUCAUCUCCCCAGACCUUCCCUUGUCCUGUUGGAACAUUUGGUCCAGAGGAGUAUUAUUCUGCAAUAGAAAACUGCAGUGCAUGUACAGCUGGCAGUUUCUGUGACAGAGCUGGCCUGGAGAGUCCUAGUGCACAAUGCUGGGCAGGCUACUACUGCACUGGUGGGGCAUCAUCUCCCACUCCCUUUGGAGAUGGUGUAGACUACAGUGACAACUCAACUUUCACAGGAAAUGACCAGUGCCCUGUGGGUUAUUACUGUACCAAUGGCACAGCUUAUCCUAUUGCCUGUCCUAUUGGCACUUUCUCAACGCAGCUUGGAGUUACUGGGCCUGAUGGCUGUGAGCCCUGUCCUAGAGGGCACUACUGUAAUGUGCUUGCCUUCACCAAAGUCACUGUGGCACCUUUAUGUUCUGCUGGAUAUGUUUGCACUGGAGGGAGCACCACUCCGACCCCAACAAACGUCAGUGAAGGCUACCUGUGCCCACCUGGGCAUUUCUGUGUUGAAGGAGCAGAGUUUGCACAGGGCUGUCCCAUGGGUACAUACCAACCCAACUACGGACAAGCCAAUUGCACUAUUUGUCCUGCUGGCUACAUGUGCCUGGAUGUAAACAUGACAGCUCCAUUGUUGUGUCAGCCAGGUUACUACUGCCCCUACAAUGUGACCCCCAAGCCUUGUCCUUCUGGCACAUACAACAAUCGGAGUGGCAUGCAGGACAGCACCCAGUGCACAGAUUGUCCACCAGGCCGUUUCUGCCAAGGUGUUGGCAACAUCAACCCAACGGGAGAAUGUGACAAAGGCUACUUUUGCGAAGGCGGAGCCAAAAGUACUAUUCCUGUGGCCACCACAAAGUAUCCUCGCAAUGGUCCUUGCAUUGCAGGACACUAUUGUCCACAAGGCACCACAUCAAUGCUGCCUUGUCCUGCUGGAACCAACCGUAGCAGAACUGGAGGUUCCUCCAUAAGUGACUGCCUGCCAUGCCCUGGGGGUCAUUAUUGUGCCAGUGAUGGGCAGCUGCAAGCCACAGGUCUGUGCUCUGCUGGCUACUACUGCCCUGCCAAUGCCAGCAUCAUUUCUGCAACUCCUUCUGGGUUUGAGUGUCCAGCUGGAUAUUUCUGCCUAGAAGGUUCCUCGGAACCCACACCUUGCCCUGCUGGCCAGACUCAGAUCAACAAAGGGAUGUCAUCUUGCGACCCUUGCCCAGUUGGCUACUACUGCCAGAGUGCAGUAUCCCCCUCCCUAGUGGACUGUCCUCCUUACCACUACUGCCCUCAAGGUACUGCUUAUCCUGUGACAUGUGAGAACGGGACAUUCACAUACGACAACAUGACAAACCUGCAGUCACAGGCAGACUGUCAACCUUGUGUGGCUGGUUAUUUCUGCAGACUUGGGCAGAUUUAUGGUAACUGCUCUUCCGGCUUCUACUGCAAGUCUGGUUCCCGUGAUGACAUGCCCAAUGCUACCCAGGACUUUGCUGUGUGCCAACCCAAUUCUGAGUGUGCUGGCCCUUGUCCUGCAGGCUACUUCUGUCCAGAGGGCACGCAGCUUCCUGUCCCAUGUCCCAAAGACACGUACAGAGAUAUUACAGGAGCCGAGCAAGAUUCAGAUUGCUUUGCCUGCCCUGCUGGCUUCUUAUGUCCUGAAGGCACAGACAACCCACAGCCUUGUCCAGUGGGUCAUUACUGUUUGAUGGGUAACGGCACAACACCUUGUCCACGGUUGACAUACCGAGACACACCAGGAGCAGCAGUUAUCACAGACUGCCACCCCUGUGUUGCUGGGUACUGGUGUAACUAUACUGGUAUGGCCAAUUACUCUGGCAGCCCAUGUCCACCAGGAUUUUUUUGCUUGGAGGGCGAUGAACCACGCCUUUGUCCUGCAGGAACCAUGCAUGAUACCCCAGGAUCCUCUGGACCAGAUGACUGCCGACUUUGUCGUGCAGGAUAUUACUGCCCCAAUGACACAGCCAAUACACGAGGUAUACCCUGUCGCGAGACCUAUGAAUGUCCCAGGGGUGCAUCCAUUGAGAUUGACUGCCGACCUGGUCACUAUUGCAAUGGUACAACAGGCAUACCACCAAUCUGCUGGGCCGGCUACUAUUGUCCCAAUGCGACAGACACACCCAUACUCUGUGAAUAUCCUUACUACUGUCCUGAGGGAAGUAACAUGACCCUUACCUGUCCUUUGGGGUACAUGGCUGAAGGGCACGCAGGCGUGCGAGACAGUCUGGCUAAAUCCUGUCGGAUAUGCCCACCAGGUUACUAUGGCAAUGCAACUGAUCGCUCUACCUGUGAGGUUUGCCCAGAAGGUUAUUACUGUCCAGCAGGCACAGGACAUGGAACGGACAAUCCCUGUCCCAUUGGAUCUUACUGCCCUUUGGCUUCAUAUCAACCCACACCUUGUCCAGUUGGCAUGUAUGGCAAGGUUUUGCUUGCAACGGCAUUCUCCCAGUGUGUUCCAUGUCCUGAAAGAACCUUCAAUAACCUGGAGGGGCAAAGUGCCUGCAAACCCUGUGGCAGCUUUUCUUCUGCACCACAGGGAAGUGCCUACUGCUCAUGUUUUGGAAAGUAUCGCACCUUCCAAACAUCUGGUGGGGCCUGCGUGUGUCAGUCAGGUUACAUCUACUACAAUGAAUUGGAUGAGAAAGAUGAGAGUGGGAGUAAUGGUGCAGAGAACUGCCAGCAGAUUGUUGACAAGAGAUGCUCAUCAUCGCAAUUCAGGAGGGCCAGUGAUCGAUCAUGCAGAAGCUCAAGUGACUUUGACUGCAGCACUGCAUGCUACAGUGGCAGUGGAACUGUGGAUGUCAGCCUUGGAAGAUGCAGCUGCUCCCAGUACAAAGAUCCUGAGGAGAUCUGCAAUGCCACUUGCAGGGCUACAACAGCUCCUAGCAUGGCACUUAAACUGAACUCUGAUGGUACCAUCACUCUGACCAUCACUGACUCAAGUGGAUCCAGCACAGCUGCAAAGAUGACAGAUGUCAUUGGCCCAAGUGAGUCUACUGUAGAACCCACCAAGUUCUACGUUGUGAAUUUCUAUCAGGAUGUAAUAACAGCUUCCUUGUACCCAUCUACUGCUGAUGCUCUGAGUGAAGUUCAGUAUGACCUUCACACACUGAGUACCCGAACAGUUUCCGGGCGUCGACGUCUGCUUGCCACCAGCAUUCCUGGAAACCAGAUUGCUAACCCAGCAUUGUGCCUGGAGCAAAAUGAAAUGGUGCUGUUUAAAGUGUGGAUUGAUCCCAGCAACCGCAGCAGUAGCAACUACCCAGUCUAUGUUGCCAAUCACUUGUACAACACCAACCCCACGUUUGACUAUGGUCCCUUCACGCAGCUGGCAUACCUCAUUGCUAACACCAAUGUGUCUAUUUCUUCAUUUGCACAUGUCUUCACUGAGGGUGGGACGUAUGUGUUCAGAGAUUCUCAGGAUUCCAGCAGGGACAUCAUCAUUGAAGUGAAGCCAUCUGGAUCUACUUGUCCAUCUACUUCCUCCCCUGUCACCUCUUCAUCACCCAGCAACCUGGCUAACUUUGGUGUCUAUAAGACAAGUGUUUCUAAUGAAGAACCAGAUUGGGCACUGAUUAUUGGCCUCUUAGCCUUUUUUGGUGUGUGUGUGAUCUUGCUGAUUGUUGCUGUGGUGGUCUGGCGUCCACGUGAUUCUGUCAUUUAUCCCUUGAAACGCUGGAAACCACGAUAUCGCAGUCUUGGGGCACCUCCACCUGUACCUUCAUAUAUUCGCUACGAUGUUGACAACUGGCCUGACAAAAUCACGGAUCCUGAUCUCCUUGGGCCACGUCCAGCAGUAGUAGGAGCUGAAGCCAGUGUCUUGGUUGCAAUUGGUACAAAAGAGGUGCAGGAACUAGAGAAUUUCAAUGUUCGAGUCCUUUAUGACAAACUAGAAGAUCAGAAUCUGCACCUGGCAGCUCAACUGGCUCGUCAGAAAGACGACCUCGACCAUUUCUACAAAUCCAUCUGUAAUCAGAAUGAUGAGCUGUGCAAACUACUGAAUAACCUUGAUCCUGCAAAGCUGGAGAAUCAGCAGUUGGGGAUUGUCAGGGAAGGGUUGCUGGGUACAAGCUCUGGUGAGGGUGGCCCUACCAUCGUGAAUGCCAGCAUCACUGCAGGUGAUGGAGCCAAUAGGCUGAAAUAUGCAGGAUCUGGCAUACGUGAGGCUGAACUCAUGGCUUCUCUGAAGCUUCUUAUUGAUCGCCUCAAUACUGGCAACAUUCCACUCAGCAAAGAAACAUGGGAGAAGUUACAACAUGGUGCUCCUGAUAAUGGCAUACACAGCACCACAAAAGUUUACCAUGUCAGUGGAGGAGAUCUGAGUGGUAGCCAAGGGGAACUCUUGCGGCAGCAAUAUGGUGAGCAAAUGCAGCUGGAGCAAGAGCUGGCAAAAUCAGAGCAGGAAGCUUAUGACAGUGCCAUAAGAAGUCUUGCAGAGUCACGACGCAAGACGGUAGACUCAGUGAUGGAGUCCCUCACUUUGAAACUACAAGGAGACCUAAAAGAUUCUGAAGUCCAAGACAUACUAAAGGAACAUGAGAAAGAGCUUCAACAGGCCUUAAGUAAACACAACCAAUCUCGACAACGACAACUUCAAGAACUGAGGUCACGAUUGUCAGAGCAGCGGCGGAAGAGAGAAGCUCAACUGAAGGAGAAGCACAAAGCAGAGGCUAAGCAAGCAGGCAUACCACCACCACUGGACAAUGCUGAUACCACAGAAAUUACCUUGCACACUGAGGAAGCUUUGCUGAAUGCUGCACACAAUGAAGAAAUCGCCAAGCAAACACAAGCAGAGACCACUGUCAUUCAUCAUCUAAGUGACCAGUAUCGCAAACAGAUGUCUGCCAACAUGUCCAGUCAUAUUGAAACUCUGAGGGACCAAAAUCUGAUCCUCAAGGACAAGGCAAACAACCUUUUGAUGCAGCAACGCACGUUAGAGGAGAACCUGGCAGCAAAGAUGGAAACACGAAAACAGCAACAGCUGCAGCAUCUUCUGGAUGCUUGCAUGCAGCGCCGCCAGGCACAGCUUAGGCAGCAGCUGCAGAAACAAGAACAGGAGAAGGCCAAAUUGUCCUCUAAGCUGAUUGAAGAAAGCAGGAAUGAUGAGCGUGACUCACUUCUCAAUCAGCUUGACAAACAGCAUCAACAGCAGCGAUUAGCACUUACAGCUGAGCUUGAUGCCGAAGAUGCUGAGCACAAAAGACAGCUUACGCAGGCAAUGGAUGAGGACCACACAGGCACUCUCAGAAAUAUCCACCAUGAUUUGAAUACACAGCUUGAGCAAGCCACUCAGGAGAAGGAUCGUUUGGCCGUUCAGCGGUUGAUGGACCAAUAUCGACGUGAUCUUGAGGCACUGGCCUAUGACACAGACAGUGAGAGGAUCAGGCAGUUGUCAGAGCUUCAGGCGAAACUAGCAGCCAGAAGGCAGCAGCAGGUCUUGGAAGCAUUCCAGCAGAUGGAGGACAGCACAGCUCGUCGCUUGGUUGCUGAGCAGGUGCGCAGGAUGUCACAAGGCAGGAAUGGCACAGACGGAGCAGCUGUGGACUUGCAUCACAAGCCUACUGUUGUCUAUACCCAAUCUGCUGAAGAGCAAGCCAUGCUCCAUGAACAUGAACGAAUGAGAGAAGAGAUGAAAAGGAGACACAAGCAAGAGCGUGAUAAACUGGCAGCAGAUCUUGAGCAGAAAGCGCAGCAGGAGGAGAAGGCCCUCAAGCAAAAGAUUGAAGCAGAGAUUGAGCGGAUGCUGAGAGAAAAAAAGAACAGGCAUGCAGCAGAGGAGGCUGCUCAUACAGAUCUCAGCCCAGACCAGCUGGCCAAUCUGAUGGCCAGACAUAAAGAGGAGCUGGAUGACCUGCGUGAAAGUCUGGAGUCUGACAGAUCUCGACAGAUGCUCUUGCUGCGUGACUCCCUGGCGGAGAGCAGACGGCGCCGAAUGGAGGACUUGAGAAGGAGCCAGGAUGCAGAACUAACAAAUGAAAUGCUGGAGCAGAAGAAAGAAUUAGAUGAAAUUCGACUUCAGCAGGCCAAGCAAGUAGAGAAGAAGGCUAUUGAGGAAGGCAUUAGAGAAAAUGGCUCUGAGGAUAGCGAAAAAGUGGUACAGGCUGUGUUGGCUGCUCGGCAUGCCAAGGAACUGCAUGACCUUGAGGCAGCUUACCAGGCCAAGCGCCAAGCGAUGAUUGACAAAGCACUUAACAAAGUUCAUGAUGACUAUGAGAAGAAGCAAGAACUUCUCCUUCGUCAACAUCAAGAGGAUCUGAAAGCUCUGACACAACAAGCUCUAAGCCCAGAAGAACUUGCAGAGCAUCGGGCCACACUUUUGAAUCGCCACCAGGUGGAGCUAGCUGAACUCAAGCAUAGACUUUCUGAAGAUGAACGUGAGGCUCAGCAAGCUGCUGCAUCUGACUGGGAGGUCAGCUUUGCUCGUGAUAAGCUGGCUCUCAAGGAACGUCACUACAAGGAGUUUGCUGAAUGCCUUCGAGAGUACUCACCUGGGCAUGAGGCUGUCAAUAAGGCAAAUGCAGCAGCUGAUAAACUUGGAAAGGUCAAAGCAGAACUAGAUCAGCAAAGACUUGAUAAAGAGAAGAAGCUGAAGAAAGAACAGGAAGAAUUUGAAAAACUGGAAAAGAAGAAGCUAGAAGAUGAAAUGUCUACAUAUGCACAAAAUUUGGAGGAGGAGACAAAGAAAGAGAAGGAUAAACAUGAACGUAAUAUCCAGGCCUUAAAUAAACGAAAGGAAGAGCUCAUCAAGGAAAACAAAAACAAGUUGAAGGCAGAGCUUGCACAUUUGGAAGAGUCUGGGGCAAUGAAAGAGGAACAGGAACUCCUCCUCAAGCAGCAUGAGCACAAUAUGAACAUGCUGAUCAGCAAAAUGGAAGCUGACCGUCUGCGCAUGCAGAGCAACCUUCAAGGUCGCUUAAAACAGCGGCAACGAGAAAAAAUGGAGGAAAAGGAAGUGGAACUCAAAGAGGAAAUGAUAGAGCAGCGGCGACAGAUGGACAACCUUCAACGCAGGGAAAUGGAGAGGCUUAAGAUGGAUGAGCUGGUUACCUUGCAAGAAGCCCUGGGAGUUGACCGAAGUUACCAAGAUGAAGUUGGAGCGUCUUUUGGUGGUGCUGACAUCCCUGCCUCUAAAUCUGAAGAUGUCUUUCAGACUGAUUCUGGAAAAGAUGAAGGGAGAAUGCCUUCAAGCUUUGUCCAGGCGGCACCACUGAAUGAGGCUGAGCUUCUGGCUUUGCUCUUGGCAUCUCCUUUGUACCAGAAGCUGGAGAAUGUGAAGAAAGCUGUGGCAGUGCGGGCAGCCCGCAACGCUUUUGAUGGUUCUGCAGCAGAUGAUCACAUCGAUGAGCAGGAUGCUCAGUGGACAUCUGACAAGGACCUUUCUCCCUUGGAUGUCAACUCUUUGAAUGCGCGAUCCUUUGUCAUUUACAAAUUCGGCUGCUACAUCGCCGGUGCAGUUGCAGCAUGCUGUCAGCAUGCACCAGUCACAAUCUUGUUGGCUGAUCGAAUACCAGCCAAUCAGCAACUUGCACGCAACCUCUACCGCAACUCCUUCUACUUCGAUGCUAACAAUCGCAUCCUGUACAUGCGGGCAGACAGACUGGACAAUGUAGGAGAAUUUGUGGUGGUGCUGGUACACUGCCUCGCCCACAUCAAGGCUGGUGACUUGCAUGAUGAUACCAACUCCACCUUUGUGCGUGAAUAUCAGAGAGCAUUGUCUGUUGUUUGUCAUACUCUCUUCUUUGCACAACACCCACAAGAGUCUCAUACAGUACAGAAGCUUGCUGCUACAUUAGAAACAGAUGCGAAAUCAGCAGGAGUGGCGCUGCAGAAACUGUUUGUAGACAGCCCCACAGAAGAUGCCCAAACCCGCAUUGUGGAGGAUCUUCUAGAUUUGAAGAUCCUGCCUGAUGUGGAUGCUUAUGGUCAUCAGUUCAGUGCUGAAAGGAUCAAGGACAGGAUGAACAAGAGCUGUAACUUCUCAAUGACUAACAAACUGCAGAGCAUGCUGGGAAACUUGGAAGACAAGGUUCGUCAAGCAGGCUCACAAGGCUCCAAUAGUGCAGUGACAGAACAACUAGCUCAGCUCAGCCAGCGUUACUCCACAGCUGGUACAGUCACCCCUUCUCAUCAAAUGCUGCCAAGCUCCUUGAUGGCAAAUAUGAGCGGCCAUGCUUUGUGGCAAACAUUCGUCAACAGAUCAGAAGAUCAAGAUGCUCCUCCUACACUGACCAGAGCCAAAGAUCCUUCUGACCACUCAGCACAGGAUCAAUUUGAUGACUUGUGUCAGGACUUCAGCAGCAUCUGCCAACAGCAGAUUAAGGCCAGAGACUGUAUCAGACAACUGGAGGAAGAGGUUGCCUCAGAGACACAACUUGCAGAAGUCAGCCGAGGCCGUGAACAUGAUGUGCAUGCCAAGAGGCACCAAAAAGCACUGCAGCAACUGAAUGAAGCCAGGACUUUGCUGAACAAACUCACUUUUGAACGUUCCCAGGUUGAGCAGCGGCUCAAUGCCAGUGCUGCAGAAACAGUUUUGGAACCAUAAGCAGAUGCAAAAAAGACUGACAGUGCAAGUGCCUCUUUGAUGGACAAUACCACCUCCGACAAGAAGACCACAAGCCAAAACAACCCUUAGAACUUAAAACCUGUGACAUGCAUUACAAUUUCCUGUUACAUGUCUUUCGAGUUUCUGCUACCAGUUUUUAUAUGGGUUGUCUUUGAACAGGCAAUUUUUGUACUGUCUGCCUCAAAGUACUUUGGAUCUGCUGUCGUUUGUAAACUUUCAGCUUUUAGUAACACUGCUUCUGGAUUUUCUUUUUUAAGUAACCAGCUGGAUACUUAACUUCCAUCUUGAAAUUUGCUGAGACUCUUGCCAUAUACAGGCGUUUUUUUUUUAACUCUCCAUAUAAUGACAUGUUUAGACAACUGUUGAAAAAACCUACAGUUUUAAUCAAACUUUUCUCAAUCAAAGGUGAUAUUUUCUGAUAAAUUUGUAUUUUACUGACAUUCAUAAAUUAUUUAUAUGCAUGCACUGUUAUGUUGUGGCACAGUAAGGACUCACACUUAUCUAUAUAAAUACUGUAAUUUUCACACAAAGUUUGACAUUUCUUACUUUCUUUCAGUGUACCAUUGCACAGUUAUCUCCACAUUUUGUGAAUGAAAAUCCAUAUCUACAUUUUGUUAUUGAGAUUCGCUUAUGUCUUUCUAGCUACAUAGUGUUCUACUGCUGCUAUUGCAGAGGUGGAUUUCUUUUCAUCUUGUUCUACUUUAGAAUUUUAUGAACUUCUAAAGGCAAGUGUGCAGCAGCAAGAAAAUGGAGUUGGAAAUAAUUUUUUAUAUUUUUUUUCUAAUGGAUGUGCUUAAUUUUUGUCUGUUACCCUUUAAUUUGACAAUUUGCACAUAAGCAAAGCAUAAUUUCCAUCGCAAACAAUCAACAUUCAGGUUAAUUCUUUGUACACUUUCUUGAACAAGAAGUCUGUGCAAUAGUGUCUGUGAUACGUUGAUGUUGGGUCACAUUCUGGACUUUUUACACACUAUACAAUAAAUUGUAAAUUAAUUUGAAUAAUCAUUGCACAGUUCUUUUAAUGUAACAUUUAAAACGGCAAAAAUAUGAUUGAAAAAGGGGUCGUGUCUUUACAGACUUUGUAAUCCGUCCAUGUUUUAAACAUAAUAUUAAAUGAGGGCGAUGGAAUUAUUUUGUAUUUACUUGGAUAUUAUAAUAAAGAAAAUUCCUUUUUUA